CCUAACUCCAGAAAGCGGCCACGGACUGAGUGAAAUUUCUCUCACUUGAAAACCCUAGAACUCGUCGUUGCAGCAUCCCUGAACGUGAAAAAUGGAGUUUUCGCAGAGCGACUUCGAUCGGUUGCUUCUGUUCGAGCACACUCGAAAGUCCGCUGAGGCUGCCUACGCCAAGGACCCGUUGGAUGCCGAUAAUCUCGCUAAAUGGGGUGCAGCAUUGAUUGAAUUGUCUCAAUUCCAAACUGUUCCAGAAGCAAAGAAUAUGUUAAAUGAUGCAAUGUCAAAGUUAGAGGAGGCUUUGUCUAUAGACCCUGCAAAGCCUGAUGUUCUGUGGUACCUGGGGAAUGCACACACUUCGUUUGCAUUUAUGCUCUCUGACCCUGGUGAAGCUAAGGGUUAUUUUGAUAAGGCUGCUGAUUUUUUCCAAAAAGCAGUAGAUGAGGAUUCGACUAAUGAACUCUACCGCAAGUCUUUAGAAGUUGCUGCCAAGGCACCAGAGUUGCACAAGGAGAUCCAUAAGCAUGGAUUUAGUCAGCAGCAGAGUGGGGAUGGGGGAUCGUCUGCUUCUGCUAAUGCAAAGAGUUCUAAGAAGAAGAAUAAGAGCAAUGAUCUCAAGUACGACAUUUUUGGAUGGAUAAUCCUAGCAGUUGGAAUUGUUGCAUGGGUGGGAAUGGCAAAAUCCCAUAUCCCUCCCCCUCCUCCAAGAUAAGCCCAUAAACUUGCUCCAUGUUUAAAAUAACCAUGUCUUUGUUUUUGUUGGAUGUUUUCAAAAAUGAAGAAGUAAUGAACCAAAUGAACCGGGGAAGUUAUAGUAAGUUCAAUGUUGCAUGUCGCAUUGUAGCCACGUUUAUUUUGAUUGCUGUUGCUUAUGUAUUAUUUUCUAAUUUUGUUAAGCUGAUAAUUUUUUCUUAAAUUAUGACUUCUCAUCA